AUGAUUUGCUUCGGUGUUCCGAGACAUAUGCUCGAUUGGCCCCAUCCCAGGGGAACGAAACGAUUCAUUGAGCCAGGAAAGGAAAAAACUCAGCUCACCAGCAACACACAAAAAAAAUCCCUACAAAACGAUGACGACGACUGUAGACAUCCAUGGCAGUCGGUGUGUCCGCGCGAAGCCGCGAACAGAUUGAAGCAAAUUAAAUUAAAAAAGUGUUUAUCACGUUUUUUUUUCUUCUCUCAAUUUGUUUUUCAGAAGUCCACGACAGCGACGACGGCCUCGAUACCGGUGACCGCGACCGCCAGCGAUUAUGUAAAACAGGUGGCGGCGGUAGGCCAACCCCAGCCACAGCCUCAGCAGCAGACGUGCAAGUGUGAAUUCUGCGAGUACCUUCAGGCAAAUCGGAUCAGUUUGAAUGGUUCCGCGGGGGGAAGUUCCGGCGGGGGUGCGGCUGGGGGUGACCACGUGUUCCAGUGCGAAUUCUGCGGGGAAGGAUUCGCCAGCCAGGGUAGCUUUAAUCGGCACCGUUGCGGCAGCACGGACAUUCAGGUGUACCGAUGUGAGCAGUGCCGGCGGGAGUACGGGACAUCCAGGACGGAGUCCAGCAUCAAUGGGUUGCUGGAAGCGAGAGGUAAAUGUGAUAUCUGCAAUCGAAACUAUGUGCAAUCAACGACGGCAUCGACGAGUGGAUCGGUGACGGGGGGAGAGGGAGUGGGGACGGGUAGUGCGGUUUAUGGGCAGGUCGGACGCCCUGCCCUGGCGGAAGCUAGCAGCUAUGGUGGUAGCAGUAGUGGCAGUAGUAAGACCUCCGUCGUAGAUAGUCCAAUGGAACAUGACCUCAGCAGUAUUGAACCAUUCGGGUCGGAUAGUGAAUGUAUUAGUGAAUUAUUAACGGAGGAGUCACCUCCUAUGCUGGAGUCCCAGCAAGGAACGUUACCUGGGAAGACCUACUUUGUCCUGGGAAACGUGGAACUUCAACAGAUGGCAACAGCUGCAACAACGGGAGGAUCAUACCUGCAGAACGCCAAAGUCAGUAGUGAAUCGAAUGUAACAAGCCUUCAUCAGUACGAGCAAUACGAAGACGAAGACUACUCAUCGAUGUCAGAAGAUGAAGCUAUUGUUCCAAUAGAACCCUAUGCCAAAUCGCCCAAUCAGGAGCAAGCCAAAACCGAGUUGCCAAUACAGGAGACGAUCGUCGAUACCAGCACCAAUGUGGGACUUCCAUCGUUCUCGUCCAUCGUGUCGUCUUCAUCUUCGAUCGGCUUCACAUCGCUCAUAUCGCGGGAGGAAGAAGGUCGCUGCGAUUCGUCCAGUAAGGGCCCAGAACCGGCAACGCAACCGGAUCGGCCCUUCAAGUGCCACAUCUGCGAUCGGUCCUAUCGGAAUCACAAGAACCUGAAGGCCCACAUCAAGGGAUCGCACGAGGGUGUCCGGGCGAACAAGUGCGAGAUUUGCGGGAAGAACUUCUCCGGCAGUAGCUACCUGGUGAUUCAUCGGAGAAGGCACACAGGGGAGCGACCCUUUAAGUGUACGACCUGCGGGAAGGCGUUUGUGGACAGUAGGGCUUUGUCCGUACAUGCUCGGUUGCAUACGCCGGGCAGUCGACUGAAAUGCAUGAAAUGUGAAAAGACUUUCUCCAGCGCUUCCGCGCUAACCGUGCACAACCGACUGCACACGGGAGUCCAUCCGUACAAGUGUGAAGUUUGUGAGAAAACCUUUCCCCAGUACAACAACCUGAAACACCACAUGAAGAAGCACGAAAACCCACCGCCGGAUCCACUGCACCCAUCGUUGGACUCCAAUUCGAACUGCAGCAGCAGUGUCGCUGGCGGAGGAGCCGGUAGUGAGGUCAAUAGUCCGGCUGGAGCCUCGGUGGGAUCCCCCAGUGCCCUGGAGUACAAAUGCAACGUGUGCGGUAAGCCGUUCGGGACGUCGGAGGAACUGCAGACGCACCUCAACCAGCACUGCAAGGAUCGACCAAAUCAGUGCGAGUUCUGCUCGAAGGUCUUUCCACGGUCGUCGCAUCUGAUCAUCCACCGGAGGAGGCAUACCGGUAUGAGAUGGGGUAUUGAGGGGUUUUGUGGAAAUGUUGAACUUUAAUUUUAUUAUUUCAGGUGAACGCCCAUUUAAAUGCAAAUACUGCGAGAAGGCGUUUGUGGAUUCGAGAGCCCUUUCCGUCCAUACGAGGC